GUUUGGCUCAGGCCAGCGCAGACUUGUUUGGCAGUGUAGGGGUUAAUCCUAAUCACCCCUCCCUAACGACAGACAGGGAGGGUUAUAAGGGUGAUGAGACUAUUUGUUCGUGGGUGAAGAUUUGCGUUGGGUUCAAGGAUGUGAAGUCAGGAAGGAAGCCAGAGGUGCAGGGGAAGAGAGGAACUCAUCCAGGCAGGAGACCAGGGAAGAGAUCAAGGAAUAGUGGAGGGCAGAAGACGGGAACCGUACAAGAUAGACACUGGUGCUGGGAUCUUGGCAACCGCCCUCGAAAGUUUUGUGAGGUUUCUGGAUUUUGGUACCCCUACCUGGGGCAUUAGAAAUGACUGGUAGAUACACUCAUGCUGUGGUCAGAGGGGUGCCCUCCUCUCUGGCACAGGAGGCAGAUGGGAAGGUGGACCUUGCAAGGGCACAAAGGGAAAGUGGCGUCUUCUGUGGCAUCUUACGACAGAAACUGGGUCUUCAGGUGAUGGAGCUUCCUCCAAAUGAAGAUCUACCCAGAGGGCAGCUAAUCGGUGACAUGGCAGUGGUAAUAGCAGAUACGGCUUUAAUCACCCGCCCAUCAAACCCUGCAAGGAGAAAAGAGACAGAAGGUUUACAUAAGUUGUUUGAAGAGUUGAAAUUUCGGGUUUGUGAACUCACAGAUGAAAGUGCCACACUAGAUGCCAGCGACAUUCUCUUCACCGGUACAGAAAUCUUUGUGGGUUUGUCCAAGUGGACCAAUCUCCGAGGUGCUGAGAUAGUAGCCAAAACCUACCAGGAUUAUGCAGUGUCCACUGUGCCGGUUGCGGGAGAUUUAAAUCUAAAAAGUUUCUGCAGUAUGGCCGGCCCUGACACCCUGGUGAUCGGCAGUAGUGACACUGCAAAAAGAGCGCUCAAGAUGAUGGAGCAGCUGACUGAUCACCAUUAUGAGACGCUGACUGUGCCCGAUGACCCUGCCGCCAACUGCAUCUAUGCCCGGGUGGGGCCCAAAUCCAACGUUCUGGUUCAUCGCAGUGCAGAAGAAUAUCCAGAUAGUGUUCAGGUCUUUCAGAAGCUGACAGAUUAUUCACUAGUCCCGGCGUCUUGCACGGAGGUGUCGAAGAUCGGAGGCUGCCUGACCGCCUGCUCUAUACUGAUCAAUCGCAAGCUGGAGAUCUGAGGCUGUGUCCGCAGCCGCCCUGGUGCUGAGCUGUUAGUAUAGAGGCGGCCUCCCUUCUCAUAUAUCGUCAUACAGCAGACAUAUCCGUCUAUUGGUUCCAUGGUAUCAUACAUCUUACACACAGCCUAUAGCACACUGUGUAUAUACAUAUCUAGGAACAGGCCGGGGCUGCCUGUGUAGAUUUCAGUAGUUAUCUGGAAUUUUGUCAUUUAUUAUAAUUUUUUUUUUUUCCCCCACUUCUUCCUAUAGAUAUGAUGAUGUAGACCAGUGGUUUGCAAACAGAGAACCUCCAACU